GUUCCCGUCAGCUAUCUCAAAGAUUAAUUAAAGGGGUUAAAUGCAAUGUCACCCUACUCUUGUUUAAUCGGUUUUCUCAAAUUAAUUGUCUUAAAUUUGACGAAUUAACUUCCACUACAUCCAAAUUCAAGUCCAUUUGCUGUGCUGUGAGUGAAUUGGAGAGAGAUGAGAAGGGGGAAAAUUGCCCCAGAUGGCAAUGAAGCGAGAAAGAGGAGCGAGAAAGGAGACUCCAAAUCCCUCAAUGCCUAUUUCAAGCAGAGGAAGUCACGAACAGAAGACUUCAAAUGCCGGGAUCUUGAAGGAGAAAAUCAGAAACAAAUAAGAGAAUCGGGAAAUGAAAAUAAGGGCAAGCCGGGAAAAGGGUUCUUCGCUUGCUAUCUGCUAACCUCUCUCAGCCCUCGUCAUAAAGGCCACACCUAUAUCGGAUUUACUGUGAACCCACUGCGUCGAAUAAGACAGCACAAUGGGGAAAUAGGGAGUGGUGCUUGGAGGACAAAGAGCCGACGCCCGUGGGAAAUGGUUGUGUGCAUAUAUGGUUUUCCAACCAAUGUAUCUGCUCUUCAGUUUGAGUGGGCCUGGCAGCAUCCUCGAGAAUCAGAGGCCGUGAGGCAAGCAGCUGCAACUUUUAAAUCCUUCUCUGGUGUCACCAAUAAGAUAAAACUUGCAUAUACGAUGCUCACCCUCCCUGCCUGGCAGAGCUUGAACAUCACGAUAAACUACUUCUCAACCAAAUACACAAAUCAUUCUGCUAGUUGCCCAAGCUUGCCGGAGCAGAUGAAAGUUAAAGUUUCACCAAUGGAUGAGCUCCCCUGCUAUACUGAACCAAAUGAGAUUGAAUACAAAGAUGAUUGUGAUAACUUGGAUGAAUAUGACGAAGUCAGUGAUACAUGUGAAACUGUUCCAGAAACAUAUCCAAAUGAAGUGGUUAUUGUUUCAGCAGAUAAUUUGCAUAGCAUCAUUCAUGAGGCUUGUCAUGAACAAUCUGAACACAUUGAAGAACAUGGGACAAGAAAACCAGGGGAGUCAUCCAAUCUUGGAGUCGGUAAUGUAGAGUCACUAGUUUUCAUUGAUCCCCCUACUAGCAAGGCAACCUCAAUUGCUACUGGCCUCACUGUGGUAAAGGCUGCUGAAUGUGCAGAUAUGAGCAUUGCUGGGAAGGAGUCUUUGAGGGGCAUGCGGUUUAAAUAUGCUGUGGAAGCUGAUGAAGAUCCACAACCAUCGGUAAAAGAGGUAAAAGAGAAACCAUCAACUACUGAUGAGGAAUAUGAAAAGCUAGGGGACACUUGCACUUUUGGUGUAUAUCACAGGCAGCCAUUUGAUGUCAUUUGUUCACCAGUACGAGCAUCUUCCUCAGUUUUUACUAGCCUUUCUAAUGAAGAGACAGCUGAAGGAACCAAUGUAAGCAUUAUUGAGAAGGAAUGUCGGAUUCAGAAGCAAUUUUCAGCUUUUGUAGCAGCCAGUGGAGAUCAACAGUCAUGGAGAAAAGAGAAACCAUUGACCACUGAAGUUGCAGUUUUGAAGGAACAUGUCCCUAGUUUCGAUGUCACUCGUGAACCUGAGGUUAUAGAUUUGUUAACCCCAUCUCCCAGCUAUAGAGUCAGGCCAUGCACCAAGAAAAGAAGAAUUUCCAAGUUUUCUCCUGAGAUCAUAGAUCUCACUUGAGCUUUGUCUGAGCAUAGAAUUUUGGGCAUGGAUUAACAGGAGGAUUAAGCGGGCCACAAGAGUAAUUGUUUUAUCCCUUAAAUCAACUGGAAGGUCUGGGUAGGGAAUUUUAUUCAUUUCUACUAUGACAAUAACCCGUUCUGCUUUAAUGCUAAUUGAUCAGAUUAGAAGUAAUUGUUUUUCAUCAAAUACUACAAUCCUGCCUAGCUGAUGAUGGGAAAAUUACUUCAUUUUAUAUUAGCGCUUUGCUUAUAUUGAAAUUAAGAGAAAUUAAUUUGAGUUUUUAGUCUGAAAUACAAGAUGGUCACAUCAUAAAUUGAUUGUUC